UUUUCAUUUUGAAGUAGCUCCGCAGCUGAAAGCAUACCGGUAAUUAAUAUAUAUGGUUGUUUUUUUGUUUUUUUUUAAAUUAUGAACGCUCUCGUGAGUGUAACGGUUUUUUUGAAGUAUCUCCCAUGCUCGCGCCGCGGAGGCGGGGUGUUGCUCGCGCCGCGGAGGCGGGGUGUUGCGCGCGUCUUUGUCGGGUGAGGUUGAACGGAUCACUCUUCUGCAGAUCUUCAUUCUUCUCUUUUUUCACUCACUCUCUCACUCACAUUCUCGCUGUAAAGAUGUUUCGUAGCGCUACUGAGGAGACGACAGGUGGCAGCUCAGUGUCCGGCCGCUGCUCCCCGUCUCCGGUAACGCCUGCCCCGGUUGCUCUGCCACAGACGCCGCGGACUGGGUCCUGGAGCUCCGGCUCCGGCUCCGGAUCCGGCUCUUUCCGAGCCGCAAGCACUGGCAGCGGUCCGGCCACCUCCUCAGGGGCCCGCACAUCAGGGGCCGCCGUCGGCAGAGCUAGCGCCAAAGCAGGGUCCAGAGGCGAUUCCUGCCAUGGAGACCGGAGCUCCAAUACGGGAUGGGCGAGUGUGCCGAGUUUCACCCCGGGCACCAGCAGCUCCUCAGUGUGGGGCUGCGGGACCCCUCGACUCAAGAGGACCCCUGUCUCAGCCGGCCAUGGGGUGACAGCCACCUACCGAGCACGCACACCCCAGACUGAGCACACAGUGACCACCUCCUCCUCUGUGUCAUCGGCCACGGUUGCCUCGGUAAUUGUGGCGGUGGUGGAGGGCCGUGGCCUGGCCCGGGGUGAGAUCGGCAUUGCCAGCAUUGACCUCAGGUGUCCCGAGUUAAUACUGUCCCAGUUCCCAGACACAGGAACAUACGCCAAGGUUGUGACGAAGCUCCACAUCCUAACCCCUUUGGAAAUAUUAAUGCCGGACACAGCCAGCGAUAAGGGCAAAGGGACGAAGCUGUUCGGUCUGAUUACAGAGAACUUCAGGAACGUGGCUUUCACUGCAGUACAGAGAAAGUACUUCAAUGAGCGAAAGGGGCUGGAAUACAUUCAGCAGCUGUGCGCUCCAGAGUUCAGCACUGUGCUCAUGGAGGUCCAGGCUAAAUACUAUUGUCUGGCUGCUGCGGCAGCUCUGCUGAAGUACUUUGAGUUUAUCCAAAACUCUGUUUACGCCCCCAAAUCCCUGAAAGUGAGUUUCCGAGGCAGCGAGCAGACAGCCAUGAUAGACUCCACCUCCGCCAAGAACCUGGAGCUGGUGCUGAACAACAGAGACCCCAGGAGCGACCACACGCUGCUGGGUGUGCUGAACUACACCAAGACCCCCGGAGGCAGCCGCAGACUGCGCUCCAACGUGCUGGAGCCACUGCUGGACACCGACACCAUCAACACGCGGCUGGACUCCGUGCAGGAGCUGCUGCAGGACGAGGAGCUGUUCUUCGGCUUAAAGGGGGCAAUUGCACGCUUUCUGGAUAUUGACCAGCUGCUCUCAGUCCUGGUACAGAUCCCCAAGCAGGAAACGGUUCAGUUGGCUGAAGCAAAGAUAAUGCACGUGAUUAACCUGAAACACACUCUGGAGCUGGUGGCGCCUUUAAAGGCUGUGCUGAAGAACUGUCAGACUCCUCUGCUGAAAGCGUACUGCAGCUCCCUAGAAGAUAACAGGUUUGAUAUCAUCCUAGAGCAGAUAAAAACCGUGAUCAACGAUGACACCAGCUACACAAAGGGGAGCCUGAACAUGCGGACGCAGAAAUGUUACGCAGUGCGGCCCAACAUCAACGAGUUCCUGGACAUUGCUCGCCGCGCCUACACUGAGAUUGUAGAUGACAUUGCGGGGAUGGUCACACAGUUGGGAGAGAAGUUUGACCUGCCUCUGCGGACCAGUUUCAGCACAGCUCGCGGGUUCUUUAUCCAGAUGAAGACGGAUGGGGUGGUCUUACCUGACGGGCAGCUUCCAUCGGAUUUCAUGAAGGUCACCAAAUGCAGGAAUAACUACAGCUUCACUACCGCGGACAUGAUUAAAAUGAACGACAGAUGUGAAGAGGCUUUGAGUGAGAUUUUCCACAUGUCCUACGUGGUGGUGUGUCAGCUGCUCAGCUCCAUCCACGAGCACGUGCACUGCCUGUACAAGCUGUCCGACGCUGUGUCCAUGCUAGACAUGCUGCUCUCCCUGGCAAACGCCUGCACCGUCUCCGAUUACGUUCGCCCCGAAUUCACUGACACGUUGGCCAUCAAGCAGGGCAGACACCCCAUCCUGGAGAGGAUCUCGGGGCAGCAGCCCAUCUCCAACAGCAGCUACAUCUCCGAGGGGAGCAACUUCAUCCUCAUCACAGGGCCCAACAUGAGUGGCAAGUCCACCUACCUCAAACAGGUGGCGCUGUGUCAGGUCAUGGCUCAGAUAGGGUCUUUUGUACCUGCAGAGUACGCCUCUUUUCGAAUCGCAGACCAGAUUUUCACCAGGAUUGGGGUGGAUGAUGACUUUGAAACAAACUCCUCGACUUUCAUGGUGGAAAUGAAAGAGAUAAGCUACAUCAUCCACAACGCGAGUGACCGGUCUCUCAUCAUUAUAGACGAGCUGGGGAGAGGCACCAGCGCUGAGGAGGGGAUUGGCAUUUGUCAUGCAGUCUGUGAAUUUCUGCUCAAUUUCAGGGCCUUCACGCUGUUUGCCACACACUUCCUGGAGCUGUGCCAGCUGGAGGCACUGUACCCCAACGUGGAGAACCACCACAUGGGGGUGACGCUGACGCGCAGCGCCAGCAGCAACGCGGAGAAGGUCACCUACACAUACCUGCUGAGCAGAGGCCGCUCCGAGGAGAAGAACUACGGGCUGAGGGCUGCAGAGAUUACUUCCCUUCCACCUUCUAUAAUACAGGAAGCAAAGGAAAUCACCUCUCAGAUCAACAAGCAGCUCUGGGAGAAGCAGCAGAGUGACCCCGAGGCUCUGAAGCACAGGGCUGUGUACCACCUGGCCACGCGGCUCCUUCAGGCAGCCAGGAACUCGCGGCUGGACCCCGACAGCCUGCGCAUCUACCUGAAGGGGCUUAAGAAGCGCUACCAGGCCGAGCUGCGGGCUGCCGAGGGCCCCGUGCCCACGAACACGGAGGACUGAACUGCUGCUCAGCAUCGCCUCUCUAAAACUAUAACCUCCGAUAGCGCAGGCCGUCAGGGGGCAGUAAUGUGGAACCACAGGCACUGACCUACUUCCACCACACCAGAAAUAACUUACCUGUUUUUGCAAAGUUCCGUCCCGUUUCGAACAUACCAAAAAAAAGUUAUUGGUCUGUGUUUUUACGUACACUUUAUUUGUGUUUUUAUUUUUCCAGUCUGAGUUUAUUAUUGUCUUUGUAUGAUUCUUUUUUUUUGGGGUGUGAUAAUAAAAGCAGUUUGAGAGUUUAAUAUUGAAAAGACUCGCAUAGCCUCACAUUUCAGGAAAGAAGGCUUUCGGGUGUUGGUGACAGAUCAGCUAAUUGGCAACCUAGUAAUGAAUGAAUGUAAGUAUUAAUACAUCUCUCAAUAGUGUGACCGCCCCCCUUAAUAAGACUACGCUAACCCGCGCGUUAUUUGCAUAGCCCCGCCCACCGUUUAACGAGCCCCUCCUUUCAUAGCGCCGCCCCGCCCCCGUGAAGCCGAAUGAGAGAGUAGAGCAGAAACAGCGAUAGAGACAGGCCGGGAGCGGCUGGCAGGAAUCGCAGUCAUAUCGACGCUGAUAGAAACAGGGACGCACCGCUCCACUAGCACAGUCACACUCUCAGGGCGGUUCAUUGCAUAAGUCUUGCAUAAACAGGAAGACACACAG